AUGUUGCCAUCAAGAAAGUCACAUUGGUCUUCAUACUUUUCAAUCUCACCUUCUGCAUUGGCUUUCAUACUUUUAACACCUUUGCUUCUCAUUUCCUUCAUUGCGUUCGAUUUGGGCCCUCACAAAUCGCUAGCAACGUCGUUUUCUUGGAAGUCGCUAGGGUUUCUAAGCUCGUUCGAAUUCAAUUCAUCUUACAAUACUCAUAACGAUCACGAGAAUAGCAACUUGAACAAGGUCUCCGAUGCUAUAGUAUUGAGAGGCAGAGGCCCAGCACAAUCUAACCUACUAAGAAAAGAGGAGUCGUCGCUGCCAAACCGCGACUUAUCAAAUGCGGAAGCACGAGGAUUUGUGAAUGGUGGGCUACAUAGACGGUAUAGCCGAUUAGAGAAGAAUGAAGCGGUUUUAGCCAAAGCACGACUUUUAAUUAGAGAGGCUGCUACAAAUAGAAGCUUAGUCCCAUCAAUUGUUGAACACGACUCUCACUAUGUGCCUCGUGGACCUAUUUAUCGUAACCCCAACGCGUUUCAUAGGAGCUACAUAGAAAUGGAGAAUGUGUUCAAAGUGUACGUAUACGAAGAAGGGGAAGCUCCGGUGUUCCAUGGCGGGCCUUGCAGGAGCAUAUACUCCUCGGAGGGAAGGUUCAUUCAUGAGAUAGAGAAGGGGGGUCGAUUUCGAACCAAGGAUCCUGAAGAAGCUCAUGUGUAUUUCAUGCCUUUCAGUGUGGUUGCGAUGGUUCAAUAUCUGUACGAACCGGAGUCAUUUGACAUUACUCCCAUUGGCACCACCCUUGUGGAUUAUGUCCAAACCAUCUCCCACAAGCAUCCCUUCUGGAAUCGAAGCCUUGGGGCCGAUCAUUUCAUGCUCUCGUGUCAUGAUUGGGGCCCCCACUCGAGCUCCUACGUCCCGCUCAUGUACAACAACUCGAUCCGAGUUUUAUGCAACGCCAACACGUCCGAGGGGUUCAACCCCCUCAAGGACGUGACCUUGCCCGAGAUAAACCUCAAGACAGGCGAGGUCACGGGCCUCCUUGGCGGGCCGCCAGCAAAGGAGAGGUCCAUCCUGGCCUUCUUCGCGGGUGGCCUACAUGGCCACAUUCGGCACCUCCUCCUCGAGCAAUGGGAGGGGAGAGACGCGGACGUGCGAGUGUAUCAGAAGCUCCCGGACAACCUCAGCUACGAGACAAUGCUGAGGAACAGCAAGUUCUGCCUCUGCCCGAGCGGGUACGAGGUGGCCAGCCCGCGGGUGGUGGAGGCCAUCUACUCGGAGUGCGUCCCGGUGUUGAUCUCGAAGAGCUACGUGCCACCGUUUAGCGACGUGCUGAAAUGGAACAAGUUUGCCGUUGUGAUUGAUGUGGAUGAUAUAGGUAAGAUCAAGGAGAUUUUGUCGGGGAUUUCUGAGGCUAAGUAUUUGAAGAUGCAGCAGAGAGUGAAGCAAGUGCAGAGGCAUUUUGUGGUGAAUCCAACGCCGGAGAGAUUUGAUUUGUUUCAUAUGAUUCUGCACUCUGUUUGGCUUAGGAGAUUGAACUUGAAACUACGUCGUUCUAUCUAGGGUUUUCAUCUUUGAUUGAGCUUCAAAUGUUUGCUUCAGUCUAGAUUUGAGUUUUGAUUAUUUGUGGUAGUGGUGCGGUUCGAGUUCAAAGAAUUUGAAGUGGAGAUACUUAAAGCGAAAAUCUACUUA